ACUCAGCCAUAUCAUUCAUCAACACUCUUUUCUUCUUUAUCUAUCUGCACUAUAAAUGUAACCUCCCUUAUCAUCAUCUCAAUUUACACUCUCUCAAGCUCAUCCAAAUAAAACAAACCUCAAAAACCAGAGCUUUAUUUUUCAAGAUUUUUCAAGAAUGACUUCUUGGGAGUUGGAUGAUGACAGAAUGAAUUUUCAGCUGGAUGAUGUGGAGGAUCAAGGCCCUUUUGAUCAUUACCAUCAUCAUUAUCAUCAUCAAGAUUGUAAUUCACAAGUGCAUGGGAUCUCCAGGCUAGCUACUUGCACUACAAGCAACUCCACCUUGGAUUGUGAGGGUUUCGAGCCCGAAAGCAAUGAGAAUGGCCUUAAGGCCAUGUUGUCUAGGUUGUCAAUUGAGAGUAUUGACUUUGGUGGGGAUGCUGAUGAAGAAUUAUCUGAUAGUCCUGGCCAGGAAGGCAAGAAUUGUUUGUCUUCGGAAAAUGAGAAUGAAAAAAAGCCUGUGGGAGUUUUUUCGCUUCCUGGAACUCCACUAGGGCACAGAAGGCACCAGGGUUUGGUAGGGAAAAUUAAGCAGUAUUCAAGCGAGAACGAAACUCGAAAGGCGAGCAAGAGUGACAGGAGGAGGAGAUGGAAGAGGAGGGUUUUGAAAAGAGAGAAUAGGAAUGUUGAUGAAGAGAAUUUGAGUAGUUGGAGGAGUCAUGGCAAUAGUUUUAGUGGGGAGAGUGAUCAGAAUGGAUCAGGGUUGAGAGUGAUCACAAGGCCGAAAGGAGGAGCACAUUCUUUGUGUAUGGACAUGGAGGAAGUGAAGGCUUGUAGGGAUCUGGGAUUCGAGUUAGAGUUGGAUGCCAAGAUCAUGCCUAGCAGGCUCACAAUCUCGGCCCCGGUGCUCGACACUGGCGGUGGUUGCACCACCAGCAGCGGUGGCAGCUCUCCGAUCUCUAAUUGGCGCAUUUCUAGUCCAGGAGAUGAUCCAAAAGAUGUAAAAGCAAGGCUAAAGGUCUGGGCACAAGCAGUGGCAAUUGCUUCAACAUCUCCAAGAUCAGGAUGCAGCUGCUAGCUAAUAAUCCACAUGAGUCUAAUUUCACUGCCUUAUCAACCUUUUUUUUUCUUGGAAUGUGUGCCAUUUUUUGUUAAAGAAGUUUUUGUCAUGUAGCUUAACUUGGUGAAUAUACAUGUCAGUUAGUUUGUCUUUUGCUGCAA